AUUUGUUAAGACGGCCCUGGGUAGAAUAUACAUGAAUUUUAAUUUACAUUAAGUGAUGGAAAAUAUACAUGUGUAGAAGUAAAAUAGACAAUAAAUAUGCCUCCCUCGAUUCAAUCCAAAAACCUAAGUCCUUACUUUGCCCAAAAUGACCCAAAAUACUUGCAAUUACUAACCCACCACCGUUUUCCAAUCAAAAACUAGUACACACCCAACCCAAUAUUCUUGACUUUGAAAGUUUGAAAAUCCUCCAUCCCCUCAACCCCUAUUUAUUCCCAUACAACAACCUCAUCCAUUAGAAUAAUCCCACACUUAUUAUUUCUACACAAUCUCAUUAAUAACACACAACUCACUACUCUUUCUUUUUCUCUUUCCCUUCCCCCAUGGAAAUGUGUUAAAAGAAAGAGACAAAUUGUUCAGAUCACACACACUCCACACCUUUUUUUUUCUUUCUAAGUGAUGAAAGCCCUAGCAUUAACACCUUUUUUUUCUCUGCCAUCUCUGCACCAACAAGAUUCCUAAUUAAGUCCCCAGCAUGUAUUCUUUUCCUUGUUCCCUUUGCUUCUCAUCCGGGGGGAAUUUCCUUCUACUUUAAAACUACUUCUUUUUUAUUUUUUCACUUUCCCUCCCUACUAUUAAUGCAAAAGUAGUUUUCUAAUCAAAAAAAGCUAUACCUAUUGUACUGCAAGGUAUGGGAGACACGCUUUCAGUUCUUCAUCAGUGAUUCUUCAUCAUCAUCAUGGCUUCAUCAAAUAGACACUGGCCAAGCAUGUUUAAGUCUAAGCCCUGCAACACUCAUCACCAAUGGCAGCAUGACAUCAACUCUUCUCUCAUCUCUUCUGCUUGCCACAGAACCCCUUACUCCUCAGGUUGUGAAGAGAGAAGUCCUGAGCCAAAGCCAAGGUGGAAUCCAAAACCAGAACAAAUCCGCAUACUUGAAGCUAUCUUCAAUUCUGGAAUGGUGAAUCCACCAAGAGAAGAAAUAAGGAAGAUUAGGGCACAGUUGCAAGAGUAUGGUCAAGUUGGUGAUGCUAAUGUUUUCUAUUGGUUCCAAAACCGCAAAUCAAGAAGCAAGCAUAAGCUUCGCCAUCUCCAAAACCAGAACAAGAAUCAGAACCAGAACCAGAAUCAGAAUCAAGAUCAACCACCACAACAAAACCCUAAUUCACUUUCUCAAAUUUCUGCUACUGUACCCUCAUCUUCUUCAUCUUCCUCUGAGAAAUCUCCACCAAAAGAAUUAAUACCUGCCAAAGUAUUUUCCCUUGGUUUCCCUAACAUCAAUGAUGUUGUGCCUAAUUCUCCAACUGCUUCUGUGAAUCAAAACCAAACAUAUUUUCAGACUCAAAAUGUUACUACCCUUCUUCCACCACCACAAGUAACUGCACCAACUACUGAGACUUUCUUCUUCCCGGUGCAACAUCAUGGACAAGGAAUAGUGCUUCCUAAUAAUGUUACAUCACAAGGGUUUUGCUUCUCUGAACUUUCCAACAUGGUUCCUGCUCAAUCACAUGGUCAGCAACACCAUAACACUGGUAAUUGCACUACCAGUUUCCUGCUUAGUGAGAUCAUGAACAACCAUGGUGUUAAUUCCUCAAAGAAAGAUCAAGAACAGGAUAAGUCUGUGAAAAUAAUGCACCAAAUCCCCCCACAUCUGAACAUCUGUUUGCCACCCGCCACAACUACUACUACUGUUUUACAUCCUACUACUUCCUCCACCAUCACUGUUCCAUCCCCUAUCAUUUCUCAAGUGCAAGGCAUUGGUGAACCAGGUGUUGCUGCAAAAUCAGUGGUGUUUAUCAAUGAUGUGGCCUUUGAGGUUGCAUCUGGACCUUUUAAUGUUCGUGCGGCAUUUGGUGAUGAUGCUGUUCUUGUACAUCAAACUGGUCAGCCUGUGUUAACAAACCAGUAUGGUGUCACUCUUCAUUCACUCCAGCAUGGUGCAUUAUAUUAUUUGAUGUAGGAAAGAAAAUGCUGGAGAGUGUGAUGAGGUUUUAAUGUAUGGUAUUUUAUUUGGUUGUUGUCUAUUUUGAUGACUUGCUGAUUUUUUCUUUCUGUUAUAUUAUGUCAAUGUACUAUUGUGUUUGCUAUUAGGGUUAUUAUUCAAUAGAGGUUUAUAGAAGAACACUGCUCAUGAGAAUGACUUCAGAUAUCUGUGCUGUUCUAAAGUAUGGAUAUCAUCAUCAUGACUUUGUUGACUUAAAUAUGUAACUUUUAUUUGCUCUUCUAUCGGUUUGAAGAACUAUGUUUGUUUAUUUAUAGUAUAAUAACUAUAUUAUGAAAUUAUAUGAUGUGGAAUUAUUA